AUGUCAGCAAUUAGAGCUUCUCCAAUUUUGAAGUCAAACCAAUCCUUCAAAUUAUUGGCAGGCUUGGUUGGUUCCGGUGCGGUUUUGUAUUAUCUCAACAACACCAACCAAUACAAUUAUAGCCAAGGUAAUAAUGGUGGGAACAAGCACCAAUUUGGUGGCUUCAAAAAAGCCGCACCGUUGUUAGGAGCCAGCUUCCUCAUCAAUAAGGCUGACCCACCUAAGGAAGGUGAUUACGAGUCUUAUCAAGAAAUCUACAAUGAAAUUGCCGAAAAGAUGAGAAAUGAAGACGAUGCUGAUGACGGUGCAGGAAGAUACGGAUUACUUUGUAGAUUAGCAUGGCAUUCAUCUGGUACUUACAAGAAACUGGAUAAUACGGGAGGUUCGUAUGCAGGUACCAUGAACUACCUGCCAGAAUCUACUGAUGGGGCCAAUGCUGGUUUAGAAUACGGUAGAGCAUUCCUCUUGUCUAUUAAGGAAAAGCACGAGUGGAUCAGUCACGGAGAUUUAUGGACCUUGGGUGGUGUUGUAGCAGUUCAAGAAGCUGGUGGUCCUAAGAUUAAGUGGAGAGCAGGUAGAGUAGACAGCCCUCCAAAUAACGCUGACAAAAUUCCCGAAAAUGGUAGAUUACCAGAUGCUUCUCAAGGUGCCGAUCACAUCAAGUCUGUUUUCGGCAGAAUGGGAUUCAAUGACCGUGAAACUGUUGCCCUUAUUGGUGCUCACUGUUUGGGUAAAUGUCACCCUUCAAGAUCUGGUUUCGAUGGUCCAUGGGGUCCAUCUUUGACUAUGUUUACCAAUGAUUUCUUUGUCAGAUUAUUACAAAACUGGCAUGUAAGAAAGUGGGAUGGACCAAAGCAAUACCAAGAUGACGAAUCCAAUUCAUUCAUGAUGUUGCCUACUGAUAUUGCAUUAAAAGAAGAUUCUUCAUUCUUGAAGUAUGUCAAGAUCUACGCUGCUGACCAAGAUGUUUUCUUCAAGGACUUUGCAGCUGCCUACGCUGCUUUAUUAGAAAGAGGUGUUGAUUUCCCAAGAUUCUCAAAGACUUAUACUUUCAAGACUUUAGAUGAGCAAGAAUAA